AUGCCCACGCUCAACCGCGCCCGCUUCGGCCUCCCCGCCAUCUGCCUCGAUCUCGCCGUGCUCCCCAGCGGCUCCGCCGGCAGCCCCAGCAGCGGCAGCAAGGCGGCGCACGCCCGCGCGGGCGCGGACGGGCGGUUCGCGCGGAGCGCGAGCAGCGGAAGCAACGCGGAGGAGGAGACGGGGGAGAUCGUGGGGACGGAGGAGGAGCCGAUGGACGUGCGCGCGCGCAAGCAAAAGUUUCUCUUCUUCGAGAAGGAGUGCUCGCAGAUCAUGGCGCACGUGUUCGUGGGCAGCGACGCCGUGGCGCGCGACAGGGAGAUCCUGCGCAAGUCGGGCAUCACGCACGUGCUCAACUGCGUGGGGUUCGUGUGCCCCGAGUACUUCCCCGGCGACAUCACGUACAAGACGCUCUGGCUGCAGGACAACACGUCGGAGGACAUAUCGUGCGUGCUGUACGACGUGUUCGACUUCAUCGAGGUGGUGCGCGAGGAGGCGGGCCGCGUGUUCGUGCACUGCUGCCAGGGCGUCUCGCGCUCCACCUCACUCGUCAUCGCAUACCUCAUGUGGACCGAGCGUACGCGCGCUGCUGCUGAUGCGCCACUGCGCAUCUCUUCUAACUGCUCGCCGCCUUGCCCUCGCCCCCUUUCCGUUCGCGUCCCUCGCCCUUCUUCAAACCCUUCAACUCUCCCUUCUUCCCCCUCCCCAACCACUUUUUCCCUCCCGUCCAACCCCUUUUUCCUUCCUCCGCCCUUCCCCUCCGCCUCUCCCCGUCCCCCGUCGUCGCCCUCCACGCGCGCGCUUCGGCGAGCGCAGAAGCGCGGGUUCGAGGACGCGUUCCGGUUCGUGAAGGCGAUCCGCGGCGUGGCGAGCCCCAACAUGGGCUUCGCGUGCCAGCUGCUGCAGUGGCAGGAGCGCGUGCUCCCGCCCUCCGCGCUCCCCCCCGCGCACCAGCCGCUGCUAGACGACGGCCACGACGACGACGCCGCGGGGGGCAGCAGGCAGGACGGGGAGGACAGCCAGGCAGCGAAAGAGGAGCAAGAGAGGGAGAGGGAACGGGAGAGGGAGAGGGAGCGGGAGCGGGAGAGCGUGGUGCGCGUGUACCGCAUGGCACCGCACUCGCCGUACGAUGGCGUGCAUCUGGUGCCCAAGGCCGUGCUGGACGUGGGGCCCCGCUGCCUCGACCCCCGCGGAGCCUUCGUCAUCCAGGUGGGGCGCACUGUGUACACGUGGAAGGGAAGCCAGUGCCACCCGCUCAUGGCGGAGCAGGCGGAGCGGGCAGCGCGCCAGCUCGUCACAUACGAGGGCCUUUCCCCCCACUCCCCCUCCCCCGUGCUGCAAGGCGCGGAGCCCGCGCCCCUGCUCUCCGCGCUCCACUCCCACGCCUCCCGCGCUGGCAGGCGGGCGGGCGCGGGCGGCAGCGGGGGCGGCAGCAGCAGCAGUGAGUGGGCGGCGGUGAUAGAGAGAGAGGGGCUCACGUAUAUGGGGCAGGACGCGCAUAUGCUCGCGGGCGCAGGGAGCAAGUCUCUUGCUGUCAAACCCACGAUUCCCAAACUGGCCUCCAUCCCUGGGAUGGCGGAGCAGCAGAGCGAGUACGACUAUGACUACGAGUGCUUCCUGCGGGCGCUCGAGGGCGGCACGCCCAAGCCCAUCGCGGGCCUCGCUUCCCCCAACGCCAAGGUGCUGCCGCACCAUGGCAGGGGGUGGCUGGGCGCCACGCUCGAUGACUGCUGGGCCGCACUCGCUGCAGGGGGAGGGGGAGGGGGAGGGGGAGGGGUUGGGGAGGGUGAGAGUGGGGGUGGCGGAGACAGCAGUGAGGGUUCCGCCGUUCGUCUGCACAGCCGGUCGUUUUCCGUUGGGCACGCCACCCUCCCCUCGCUGUUCCCUGUUCCGCCUGCCUCCGCCUCCGCCUCUGCCGCCUCCGCGUCAUCCAAGCCUUCUAAGCCGGGAUCGUUGUCCCUGGGCGCAGACUCAGGAGGAGGGGGAGGCGCUGCCUCGAGCAAGCUCCUCUUCGCGCCUGUGCUGCGCAAGCCUCUGCCGUCGCUGCCGUCACCGUCGUCCUUCUCCCCGCGCUCCCUGGGCUUCUUCCCGCCCUCGGGCGUGGGUGCGUACGGGGCUGCGCUGCAGAAGCUGCAAAUGUCCACAGGGGGGCUCGCAGGCUUGCAGGGCACGGGCGGAGCCAGUGGCGCGGGCGAUGGGGACGGGGUGGCGGGCGGGCAGGUGGGCGCGGAAGCGAGAGGCGCGGGGGAAGCGGAGGUGCACGCGCUGGGCGGAUCCGCGCUGAGUGACAUGAAUACCGCCGCAGUGCAGGGGGCGGGGAUGGGGGCGGAGGAAGAGGACGAGAGUUCGGGAAGCGGGGGUGGCGUUGGGAGGGUGUCUAAAGGGGGAGGGGAAGCGGGCAGCUGGAUGCUGUCGCCGCGUGGGCCUAGGAACACGCCCAGCAAGCUGUGGGAGGCGGAGGAGGCAGGGCAGGGUGCAGCAGUGCAGGAGGAGCGGAGAGAGAGGGAGGCGCGGACACGGGGAACCCGAGGAGAGGGGUCAGGGACUAGGGAGCGAUCAGGUGCAGCGUCUGCUCGGCCGCUCCCUCCCAAGCCUUCGCUUCCCUCUGGCAUGGUCCCUGUAGGCAAUGCAGUCCCCUCCGCUGCCUCCUCCUCUGGCGCUUCCCGCGCCACCCUCCCGCCCAAAGGCCGGUCCGCGUCCCCUCUGCGCCCCCCCCGCCCCCAGCAAACCACUGGUGGUGCUGCUGCCCCCAGAGGAGGGGGUAGAAGGGUUGGUGUGGGUGGGAUGGCUGAUGGGUUCAUGGAUGGCGGAGGGGGGAGGGAGGAAGAGGAUGACGAGGACGGGAGUGGGGAUGGGAGAGGGAGGGACAUGUAUGGAGCGCUGCUGACGCCUAGAAGGAAGCCUCCUGUGUCGGCCUUUGGAAGGGAGAGGGGGGCGCGGAAAGGGAGAGAGGGAGGGGAGGGUGGUGGGAGGAGAGGGCAAGGGGGUUUGGAGGAGGACAAGUGGGGAGGUGAUGGGGGCGAGAAGGGGGUUGGCGGCGGGGGCUUUGGUGGGGAGGAUGGUGGGUUUGGUGUGCCUGGGAUGGAAGAUGACGGGGAGAGUGCGGGGAUGGGGAGUGAUGAUGAGAGUGGUGGUGGAAUGGCGUUUAAUCUGCCCACGCCUAGAAGGGGCGGACCACAGAUAAAGAAGAUGUUUUGA